AUUUCUUUUGCCCCAAGCCUUCUCCAUUUUUGCGAAGUCCCCAACUCCCAAGCCUGCCUCUCUCUCUCUGAACUUCGCCUGUUUAGUUCAUCGAUCAGUCCUGCACUCUUCGGCUUUUCACUUCCGUCCAUUGCUAUUUAAAGAUGUCUAAGGUAGCAGUAGAUAUUCCUCCAAAGGGUGGAUUCAGUUUCGAUUUGUGUAGGAGGAAUGAAAUGCUAACGAAGAAAGGUGCUCAGAGUCCGUCGUUUCUCAAGACUGGGACUACCAUUGUCGGUCUCAUUUUCCAGGAUGGUGUAAUUCUUGGAGCAGAUACACGAGCCACUGAGGGCCCCAUUGUUGCUGAUAAGAAUUGCGAGAAAAUUCAUUAUAUGGCACCAAAUAUAUAUUGCUGUGGAGCUGGAACUGCAGCUGAUACAGAAGCGGUGACUGACAUGGUCAGUUCCCAGCUGCAGCUACACCGCUAUCACACUGGUCGUGAAUCAAGAGUCGUGACAGCUCUUACAAUGCUGAAAUCACAUCUUUUUAACUACCAAGGUCAUGUGCAAGCUGCUUUGGUGCUUGGUGGAGUUGAUGUCACGGGCCCACAUUUGCACACUAUCUACCCUCAUGGAUCUACGGACACUCUUCCAUUUGCUACGAUGGGAUCUGGUUCCCUCGCUGCGAUGGCCAUCUUUGAAUCAAAAUACCAUGAAGGGCUGAGUAGAGAUGAAGGAAUAAAGCUCGUUGCCGAGGCUAUCUGCUCAGGCAUAUUUAAUGACUUGGGAAGUGGAAGCAAUGUGGAUAUUUGUGUGAUAACUAAGGGGCACAAGGAUUACCUGAGAAACCACAUGUUGCCAAAUCCUCGCACUUAUGUCAGUUCACAAGGUUAUACAUUUCCUAAGAAGACAGAGGUUCUGCUGACAAAGAUUACACCUUUGAGAGAGAUGGUGGAAGUAACUGAAGGCGGAGAUGUGAUGGAAGAAUGAGUCGUGACUUUUGAAUCAAAAAAUUUCACAUCUACUACUUGAUGUUUCAUCUUGUAUUCGGAGUAUACAGUCUGGCAUUCGAUAGUUUUUUAUUUUAUUUGCAAUCAAUAUUCCUUAAGAUUGUUAUACUACCUGUUCCUAAGUUGGUAUGAGAUUGUUUGGUGGUGCUACCUCAUAAUGUGGGUGUGAAAUGUGUGCCAGUACUUGACAAAACUGAACAAUCAGAUUGGCUUUGCAGGAAAGUUAGAAUCAGUUUUAAUGACUGAUUUUCCUUAUGGACUAGGCAGUCUAUUUUCUUAAAGAAAUGUG